CUUGGCCACCGAUGGUCGGGCGGCAGUCCUUGGGGCCGCCUCGGUGGGAGCCAGCCAGGGUGGGAGCCAGCCGGGCGCGAGUGUGCCGGCGGGGCCAGGGGGUGCGGCGCUUGGUCGGAGCGCCGGGCUGGGGGCGUUGGGGGUGCGUCCCCGGGCCUGGGAUCUCGGCACCCCCCCCCCCGUCCAGUCCCCUGCUCAUGGCGCUGGCUCUUCCGCAGGAUGCAGGGCGCCGGGAAAGCGCUGCACGAGCUGCUGCUGUCGGCGCAGCGCCAGGGCUGCCUCACCGCCGGCGUCUACGAGUCAGCCAAAGUCCUGAACGUGGACCCCGACAACGUGACCUUCUGCGUGCUGGCCGCCGACGAGGAGGACGAGGGCGACAUCGCGCUGCAGAUCCACUUCACUCUGAUCCAGGCGUUUUGCUGCGAGAACGACAUCGACAUCGUGCGCGUGGGCGACGUGCAGCGGCUGGCUGCGAUCGUGGGCGCCGGCGACGAGGCGGGCGCGCCGGGGGACCUGCACUGCAUCCUCAUCUCGGUGAGUGUCGCCUCCGUCCCGAUGUCGUCCCCGCCCCGCCAGCAGCCAGCGGCUAGCGGCCAGGCAGGCUGA